ACAUCAUAACUUUUAUCCAAAAGAAAGAAUAAACAAAAACUCCAUUAAUUAAAAAGAAAGCUAAAGGACAGAAGAAGAAGAAGAAGAAGAAGAAGAAGAAGAAGAAGAAGCUUUAGCAAUGGCGGAGAAGAUUUUCUGAAUGUGCAGUAGCUUCACUCAAAACUAAUUGUUCUUCCGCUGUUGAUUUAUUAUUAUAGGUCACGAAUCUUCAGGAUUAUUCUUCUGUCCCUCUAAACAGAUAGCAUAGCAAUGGCUCUAUUCAUCCUUUUUGCAUGGAUUUCAUAACGUCAACGAAUGAAAAUGAUGUUGGUUAGGAUGGGAGAACUCUAUCUUCCAAUUCUAAUACUGGCUUGCUUUAAUUAUCUUGCCCUCUCUGAUUUUCAAGGUGAUGCACUCUUUGCAUUGAAGAAUGCGUUGAAUGCUACAGCAAAUCAGCUCACAGAUUGGAACCCAAAUCAAGUCAAUCCAUGUACUUGGUCCAAUGUUAUAUGUAGGGGAAACAAUGUGAUCUCUGUAUCCUUGUCCACAAUGGGAUUUACUGGAACCUUGUCUCCGCGAAUUGGAAGUAUAAAAUCACUUUCAACUCUGAUUUUGCAGGGAAAUUACAUAACUGGGGAGAUACCAAAGGAUUUUGGAAACCUGACAAAUUUGGUUAGUUUGGAUUUGGGAAAUAACAGCCUAACUGGCCAAAUACCAUCAUCCCUGGGUAAUCUUAAGAAACUACAGUUCCUAACUCUGAGUCAAAAUCAUUUAACGGGGACUAUUCCUGAGUCACUUUCAACGCUUCCUAGCUUGAUUAAUCUUCUGCUUGAUUCGAAUGAUCUCAGUGGUCCAAUUCCGCAGCAGUUAUUUCAAGUUCCAAAAUUCAACUUUUCCGCAAACAAGUUAAAUUGUGGUGGGAAGUCUCUUCAUGCCUGUGCUUCAGACAGUACAAACUCAGAAGCAAAAUGGUUUCUCUUCUUGUCAGGUUCUUCAAAUAAACCCAAGGUGGGCCUCAUAGUUGGCAUAAUUGCUGGGUUUACUGUUGCUCUUCUUUUGGUUGGAGUAUUAUUUUUCUUGUCCAAGGGUAGAUAUAAAAGCUACAAGCGCGAAGUGUUUGUUGACGUUGCAGGUGAAGUUGAUCGAAGAAUUGCUUUUGGUCAGUUGAAAAGAUUUGCCUGGAGGGAACUACAGCUAGCUACAGAAAACUUCAGUGAAAAAAAUGUUUUAGGACAAGGAGGCUUUGGAAAGGUGUACAAAGGGGUGCUUGCAGAUGGCACCAAAGUUGCGGUGAAACGGUUGACUGAUUAUGAGAGUCCAGGGGGAGAUGCAGCUUUUCAGCGUGAAGUUGAGAUGAUUAGUGUAGCUGUCCAUAGAAAUCUGUUGCGUCUCAUCGGAUUCUGCACAACUCAGACAGAACGCCUAUUGGUGUAUCCCUUUAUGCAGAACUUGAGUGUUGCCUAUCGUCUUCGAGAACUAAAGCCCGGAGAAGCUGUUCUAGAUUGGCCUACUCGAAAACGGGUGGCAUUGGGCACAGCUCGUGGUUUAGAGUAUCUUCAUGAACAUUGCAACCCAAAGAUUAUUCAUCGAGAUGUUAAGGCAGCUAAUGUAUUGCUUGAUGAAGAUUUUGAAGCAGUUGUUGGCGAUUUUGGCUUAGCAAAGUUGGUUGAUGUUAGGAAGACUAAUGUCACUACUCAAAUUCGAGGGACAAUGGGUCACAUAGCACCGGAGUACUUGUCUACUGGAAAGUCAUCCGAAAGGACUGAUGUUUUUGGUUAUGGUAUCAUGCUUUUAGAACUUGUUACAGGACAACGUGCAAUUGACUUCUCACGCUUAGAAGAAGAGGAUGACGUUUUACUACUCGACCAUGUUAAGAAACUAGAAAGGGAAAAACGACUUGAUGCCAUUGUCGAUCGUAAUCUAAAUAACUACAACAUUCAAGAGGUAGAGAUGAUGAUUCAAGUGGCAUUGCUGUGCACACAGCCAUGCUCGGAUGACCGUCCAGCAAUGUCACAAGUCGUUCGGAUGCUCGAAGGAGAGGGAUUAGCCGAGAGGUGGGAAGAAUGGCAGCAUUUGGAGGUGACUCGCAGACAAGAAUACGAAAGACUGCAGAGAAGAUUUGAAUGGGGAGAAGAUUCAAUACAUAGACAGGAUGCAAUCCAAUUAUCUGGUGGAAGAUGAGGCACCAAAUUUACCUCCAAAUCUCCCCCACCUUUUCAUCUCUCUUAGCUAUGAAGCCAUAUGGAGAUGGCAGUUAUUGUAGUUAGGUCAGUUUUAUUGGUGCCGAAUGUUCAGAAAGCCUUACCUUUUCAUCUCCCAGUUUGUAAAUUUCCAUUGGCUUUUGCUUUCUUUUCUUGGCUAUGCAUCUUUUUGUAAUCCUGUAUUCCCCCAAUUUAGCAUUUGUUGUGGCUGAACUUUGUAAUACAGCCAAUUCUACAAAGUCAUCAUAUUCAUAUUUGGCUUAACAUUUGUCAUGUUAUAGUAUUCAUUUUUCCCCUCUUUUUGGAUUUUAAA